AUGAAAAAUUUCACAACCAAAACAAUUGGUACGAACCUAAAAUGGAUCAGAUAACAGGCUUCAUGAAAGAAACUAAAAGAUGGCUGACAGGAGUGCAUGAUUCCACAGAGGGGGAAAACUUGCUCUUAGAUGAUCUUACUGAACAAGUGACAGAAGAAGAAGAUACUGUUUUGCCUAGUGACAGUGUUUCACAGAUAGGGGCCAGUAAUGUUGCUAAAGCACACUCUCAUGUAGGUAACAUUUCCAACACCUCACGUGUCAGCAUAAAAAUCAAUAAGUGGAAACAUAAAGAAGGAAAGAGUUAGCAUGUCGCUACCGCAACAUGCUACAAUGAAUGUUCAAGCACCAAGACAAGUGCAGUGCACACAAAUACCACAACUACCACCGCCAGUUUCAAACCAAACUUCUAGAACACAAACAGGGAAUGACAUUGUGUCAGUCAUGCAGAAGCAGAACGCAAUAACUGAAUUGCUAGUAAAGCAACAACAGCUUUCGCAGCUACCUACAAAGGACAUUUCUGUGUUCAAAGGUGAUGCGCUGCAGUUCAAGUCCUUCAUGAGAGCAUUUGAACAUGCCAUAGAGCAGAAAACAGACAAUGACCAAGAUAAACUAUAGUUCUUGGAACAGUUCACAGAUGGUGAGCCCCAAGAGCUCGUUCGUAGUUGCGCUCACAUGACACCAUGCAAGGGCUACAAAGAAGCCAAGCGACUUCUGCAUAAGCAUUAUGGAGAUGAGCUUCGGAUCGCCAGUGCGUACGUGGAGAAAGCUCUCAAAUGGCCACAAAUGAAAGCAGAUGAUGGGAAAGCGUUAAAUGCUUACGCAAUGUUCCUGAUAGGAUGUCGUAACUCUAUUGAUAUUGAGUUCUUGGAAGAGAUGGAUAAUCCUACCAAUCUGUGCGCGUUGAUAUCCAAACUGCCCUACAAAAUGAAAGAACGUUGGCGAACAGAAGCUUUCAACCUCAAAGAACAACGUGGUCACAGGGUCAUAUUUACUGAUUUGGUGAACUUCAUAGACCGCCAAGCUAAAAUAGCAAUCGAUCCUCUCUUUGGUGACAUAUCUGAUAGUCGCUCACCCAUAGCUGCUAAGAUGAACCAAAAAGGAAAGCAGGCCGUGAAAAAGGAGUUUCGUGGAAGCAGUUUUGCAACCAAUGUUCCUGAAUCCAAAGAGCCUCAAGAAAGAACUGCCAAGGUCAAGCCUGCUAGCAAUGGAAAAGCGGUGAACACCUUUGAUAAACCCUGUCUGUACUGUCAGCAGUCACACACUCUUGCUUCAUGCAGUAAGAUCAAAGGCCAGUCUCAUCAAGAACGAGUGGAAUUCCUGAAAUCAAAGGGUCUAUGUUUUAGUUGCUUGAUCCCUGGCCAUCUCAGUAAAUCCUGUAAACGAAAAACAGAGUGCAAAGAAUGUGGAUUUAAGCACCCUGAUAUUCUGCACAAAGAAAAAGAUGGCAGUUCCGCCUCACCAAGAAAGAAUGAUGGUUCUACUGGUGAAGAGUUGCUAGCUGCUGAGGUUCCCAUCACACAGGAGUCUUGCGCCCUCACAGGGGCCGGAGAAGCUGAUUGUGUGCUGUGGAUAGUACCGGUGAAAGUCAAGUCGAAAAAUAGUGAACAGUAUGUGGAAACGUACGCCUUUCUAGACCCGGGAAGCACGGCAACAUUCUGCACGGAAGACCUGCAAAAGAAAUUGAAUGUGAAAGGGAAACCAACCAAAAUACGUCUCAGCACCAUGGGUCAAGAUGCACCAGAAAACCAGAAGCUCAUGGACAGUCUGGUUCUAUCAGAGCUCAAAGUGUGUGGGCUGGAGGACAGUAUGUACAUCGAGUUGCCCAAGGUGUUUACUCACAGCACCAUACCUGUUUAUGCCGGAAACAUACCCAAGCAGUCUGAUAUCCAACAGUGGCCUUACCUAAGUGAAGUGAACUUGCCAGAGUUAAAAGCUGAUGUAGGCCUACUUAUUGGAGCAAACUGUUCAAAAGCGAUGAAGCCCUGGCGCAUCAUUAACGGCCAGGAUGGAGGUCCUUACGCCAUCAAGACGACCAUAGGCUGGGUUGUGAGUGGACCUGUAAGGAGAAAUGAAGCAGAGAAUGAAACACCUCACUCAUUCGUGAACAGAAUCUCAUUGGUGGAGAUAGAUAACCUGUUAAUCCAACAGUACAACACUGACUUCCCGGAACGCAAUUAUGAGGACAAGGAAGAGCUGUCUCAUGAAGACAAAGUUUUUUUGCGGUCUGUGGAAAAGACAACAGUUUUUAAGAAUGGGCAUUACUGUGUCGGAUUGCCACUCCAUAAUGAGAAGCUCCAGAUGCCUAACAAUCGUAGUGUGGCAGAGCAACGCAUUGCGUCUUUGGAAAGGAAGUUCAGGAAGAGUCCUGAGUUCUUUGAAGAUUAUAAGAACUUCAUGAAAGCAAUCAUUACCAAGGGCUACGCAGUCCGGGUUCCAACAAACCAACUGACCCGAGAGGACAACACCAUGUUGCGGUCUAUAUACCGCACCAUGGAGUCUAUCACCCAAAAAAGAAGAAGCUUCGGGUGGUAUUUGACUGCACAUCCUCCUACCAGGAUCGGUAUCUGAAUAGUGAGUUGCUCCAGGGGCCCGAUCUGACCAAUACAUUGGUUGGUGUCCUCCUCAGAUUCCGGGAGGAGCCUGUAGCAGUAAUGGCAGACAUUGAGUCAAUGUUCUAUCAAGUUAAUGUGCCAGAACAUGAUGCAGACUUACUCCGCUUUCUUUGGUGGCCCAACGGCAGAUUAGACGAGCCCAUGGAGGAAUUCCGAAUGGCAGUGCAUCUUUUUGGAGCCACUUCUUCUCCAAGUGUGGCCUCAUAUGCACUGAGAAGAACUGCGGAGGAUGACAGGGACACCGUAUCUCCAGACGCAGUUCAAACAGUCCUGCGCCAUUUCUACGUAGACGACUGCCUGAAAAGUGUAGCCACAGAAAACGAUGCAGUGAGACUGGUCAAGGAACUUCAAGCUUUGUGUAGCAAUGGAGGGUUCACCUUAACAAAGUGGAUGAGCAACAGCAGAAAAGUGCUAACAUCAAUACCUGCAGAGCACAGAGCCACUGAAGUCAGAGACCUGGAUUUACGACACGACACUCUACCAGUGGAAAGAACACUUGGUGUGCAGUGGGACACAGAAUCGGAUACUUUCCUGUACAAAAUAGAGCUGCAAGACAAGCCAGUGACCAGAAGAGGUAUCUUGUCAAUCGUCAACUCCAUCUACGAUCCUCUUGGCUUUCUGGCACCGGUUAUUUUGCCUGCUAAACUUUUGUUGAAAGAUCUCUGUAAGGAACAUCUUGACUGGGAUAAAAACCUUGAUGGAAAGCAUGCUGAAGGGUGGAGCAGAUGGCUUGAAGAUGUCACCUACCUCUCCAACUUCCAUGUGAGUAGAUGUUUGAAACCCAUCAACUUUGGAUGCACUAUCUCAGCACAGUUGCAUAAUUUUUCGGAUGCCUCAGAAUACGCCUACGGCACUGUGUCUUAUCUACUGCUGGAGAAUGAACAUGGCGAGAAACACUGUGCUUUCCUUAUGGGAAGAGCAAGAGUGUCCCCACUGAAGAAAGUCACAAUCCCUAGACUUAAGUUGACCGCGGCGGUUGUUGCAGUAAAGGUCGACAAGAUGUUGCACGAAGAAUUGCAAAUACUACUGCAACAAUCUGUCUUCGGGACAGACAGCACUACGGUGCUUAGAUACAUCGACAGUGACACGGCACGUUUCAAAACGUUUGUUGCUAACAGAGUUUCAAUGAUCUGAGAAGCAACCAAGCCCUCACAAUGGAUGUAUGUCAGAAAAAAUGAGAAUCCUGCAGAUCAAGCCAGCAGAGGCCUGAAAGCAAAGAGCUUGGUCGAAGGAGGAAUGUGGAUAAGUGGACCAGACUUUCUGCUGAAUGAAAAGGAUUGGCCAGAACAGCCUGUGCGAAAGAAGGAAAGCCUAGAAGAGGGUUAGAAGAGGUCAAGAAUACAGUCGCUGUUUACACGGUCAAAGUUGAAGAAGGUAUGGCACCAAUGAACCAGCUACUUACCUAUCACUCUGAUUGGAACAAACUGAAACGAUCAGUGGCUUGGAUUGUAAAGGUAAAGGAUGCUCUGAGGGAGCAUAAAGAAGAACACAAAGAGGUAUUAAGAACAAUCAGUCAGACCGAACUUGACCCUGAAAAACAAAGAAAAAAGUUAGAACAACAUAUGAAGAAAUUUCAAACUGAAAAGACAAAUACUCACCUUGGAUGAUCUGGACGCUGCUGAAGCAGAAAUAAUACAGUUCAGUCAAAGACAACACUUUGAGGAAGAAAUCAAGGUCCUGAGAAAUGGAAGUCAGCUCAGUCGCAACAGUGUGCUGUAUAAACUUGACCCGAUUCUUCAAGAUGACACCUUAAGAGUAGGUGGAAGACUUAACAAGUCUGCUAUGCCAGAAAGUGCCAAACACCCAGUGAUUCUUUCUAAACAUAGCAAAGUUGCCACUUUGAUCUUGAGGGACGUACAUCAAAGAACAGGCCACUGUGGACGCAAUUAUGUUUUGGCACAAAUAAGACAGAAAUAUUGGAUUCCACAAGCCAAUUCUGCAAUCAGGAAGAUCAUCGGUCAAUGCAUGGCGUGCCGUCGGAUGACUGGCAAGGUUGGUGAGCAAAAGAUGGCAAGCUUGUGUAACCCAGUGUUUAAAAACACAAGAAAAAAAUAAUAGAUGUUGAUUCAAUGUCUUAUUCUACCAAAAUAGCUAAAAGGUAAUUACGUAAAUCUUCAAAAAAUGUGAAAUAUGCUUUUAGUGUUAGCUUCUAUUGACAGAUUAGGCAGCCAAUGGCUGGCGCGGUCUGGUUUCGUGUCGGCCAAUGGGGUUGAUCGUCCCGCCCUUUUUUAACAGCUGGCGGUUGUUUCGUUCGGAGCGCGGCAGACAGGCUUGAAAGCUAACAGCUGACGGUUGCUUCGCUCAGAACGCUUGAGAACAGCUGACGGUUGUUUCGCUGCGAACGCUUGAGAGCUAACAGCUGACGGUCGUUUCCGUAAAGAGGUAGAAAGAAAUUGACGAAUCUGGAAAUUGGUAAGGAAAACAAUAUUAAUAUAAAUUCACUAAAUAUAUAAUUCAAAAUACUACAUUCGGUUUUAUUAGAUCUCGGAGGGUUUCCCCGUGAACAGCUGAAGCCCGAAAAAUAGCCGUUGACAGCUCGGAGCAUCGGUCAGGUUUUUUUUUUUUUUGGAGUUUGUACAGUACACUUUUGGCUUGGAGGGCCAAAGAUUCCAAGACCCUCUUCACCUGAAACUGGAUGGCGAGCCCCAGCCCAGAGGACCAGGCGCACGGGUCGAUAGUGACCCGACUGGUCACCAGCUGAGAGACUUUGAGACUGAAGAAUUAAUUCAUUGGAGACUGAAGUAUUCAAUUUAUUUAUUUAUUUUUUUUUUUUAAAAGCGCGCAGUAUUUGUUUGUCUGUUUUAAAUGUGGAUCCACAAUUGUUUAUUAUAUUAAAUAUUUG